AUGAAUCUGGUACUCCUAAUUUUUUUGGUCGCUGGAACCCUGGCCACCAGCUUUACCGAUGAAAAAAUCGAGGCGGUCGCCGCGAAAUGUUGUGUGAGGAAAGAGGAAUGUUGUCGGGAAAUUAUCAGAUUCGGACUCCCCGUACGAUGUGGCUAUGAGAAAGACAAGGAAAUCCCGAAAAUUAUUUAUAAAUGUCUGCAGAAGGAGCUGUUUGAUAAGGAGCAGGAGGAGAAGCAGCGUGUGGAGUUGGAUGACGUCAACUGCUGUCGAGUAUUCAUCAAGGAUCGUUUCGAUCCGAGGGGGCUGUGCGAGACGAAGUGCAAGACGGCUAUGGAGUCACCGUCCCUCUCGGAGACCGUCAAAUUGCAGAGGAUCAAGGAGUGCUCAAUUGUGGAGAAUCCAAGAUUCCAGUGCUUCAACCAAUGCCGUGCACUCCGUCGUGAAGGAAUGAAAAUCGAAGUGAUGCGUCCCGACGAGUACUGUAACACCACCACCACCACCACCCACCAUCCCCAACUCCAAAAGAAGAUGCUCCACCGUGGUCAUCGUUGGCUCUGA